CGCGCGGUGGAUGGAGAUGGCUGUGUCGGGUGCUUUGCGGGCGGAUUUGGCUCGGGCGGUGGAGGGGAGUCAGGUGUUGGUGGUCGGGGGGCGGGAGGAAUAGGCUGCGAACUGCUGAAGAACCUCGUGCUGACCGGAUUCACCCAACUGCAUGUGAUUGAUCUGGACACCAUUGAUGUCAGCAACCUGAACAGACAAUUCCUUUUCCAGAAGAAACAUGUUGGCCGCUCUAAGGCUCAGGUGGCGAAGGAGAGCGUCCUCCAGUUCUGUCCGAGCGCCAACAUCACCGCAUACCAUGACAGCGUCAUGAACGCUGAGUAUGACGUGGAAUUCUUCCGGAAAUUCACUCUGGUGAUGAACGCCUUGGACAACAGAGCUGCUCGGAAUCACGUGAACCGGAUGUGCCUGGCGGCAGACAUUCCCCUGAUUGAGAGCGGCACGGCCGGGUACCUCGGACAGGUCACUGUCAUCAAGAAGGGUGCCACCGAGUGCUAUGAGUGCCGACCCAAACCCACCCAGAAGACCUUCCCCGGGUGCACCAUCCGCAACACUCCCUCCGAGCCCAUCCACUGCAUUGUCUGGGCCAAAUACCUCUUCAAUCAGCUGUUCGGGGAAGAGGAUGCUGACCAGGAGGUGUCACCGGACACUGCCGAUCCCGAGGCCGCCUGGGAUCCCACGGAGGCUGCAGAGCGCGCUAAAGCCUCCAAUGAAGAUGGAGACAUCAAGAGGGUGUCAACCAAGGUGUGGGCCAGGGACAUCAGUUAUGACCCCGUAAAGCUCUUCAAUAAGCUAUUCAAAGAUGAUAUCCGUUACCUACUCACUAUGGACAAGCUGUGGCGGAAGAGGACAGCCCCUGUGCCGUUGGACUGGGCCAGCCUACAGGAUGGCGAUAAAGACUCCGAAAUGAAGAACGAUUCCUCUACUAUUGGGUUGAAGGAUCAGCAAGUCCUGGAUGUCGCCGGGUAUGCAGAACUCUUCUCCCACAGUGUGAAAACAUUAUGGGGGCAACUGAAGGAAAAGGGAGAGAACUCCUCGCUUGUGUGGGACAAGGACGAUCCCCCAGCGAUGGACUUUGUUACAUCAGCUGCCAAUCUUCGGAUGCACAUCUUCAGCAUGAACAUGAAAAGCCGUUUCGAUAUAAAAUCCAUGGCAGGAAACAUCAUCCCAGCGAUCGCUACCACUAAUGCCAUUAUAUCUGGGCUGAUUGUACUGGAGGGCCUAAAAAUUUUAUCGGGGAGUCUGGAGCAAUGCAGAACGGUGUAUCUGAGUAAACAGCCCAACCCGCGCAAGAAGCUGCUGGUUCCCUGCGUGCUGGAUCGCCCCAACCCUGACUGCUACGUGUGCGCCAGCCGGCCGGAGGUGACAGUGAAGCUGAAUGUUCACAAGUUGACAGUGCAAUCACUACAGGACAAGAUAAUCAAGGAGAAGUUUGGAAUGGUUGCUCCUGAUGUCCAGAUAGAAGAUGGCAAAGGCACAAUCCUUAUCUCCUCUGAGGCUGGGGAGACGGAAGCAAAUAAUAACAGGACGUUGUCAGAAUUCGGUAUUCGGAACAACACGCGGCUCCAGGCGGACGACUUUUUGCAGGAUUACACCCUCCUGAUCAAUGUACUGCACAGCGAGGAUUUGGAAAAAGAUGUGGAGUUUGAAGUCGUGGGAGAUGCACCUGAAAAGGCUCCACAGCCACCACCAGAAGAGGCCAGUACCAGUAUCACCAAUGGCAGCGAUGACGGAGCACAACCCUCUACAUCCACAGCGCCAGAACAAGAUGAUGUGUUGAUUGUGGAUUCAGACGAGGAGGUUCCAUCAUCCUCCAGCAACACUGACGUCAACAUGGAGAGCGCCACUCUAAAGAGGAAGCUGUCGGAUGAGGAUGUCGUGAGCAGUAAAAAGAAGCGUAUGGAUCCAGCAGAGGAGCAGGAUGAUGACAUCAUUGCGCUGGACUGA